AUGGCAACCAUAAUCCCCAGUAUCGCCAAGAUCGCCCGCAACCAGGCCACUAUGGCCGAUAUCCAGCAUCUCGAGGACGCAGAUUCCCUGCUCAAAGACCGCCGCAAGUUGCCCGUCUACGGGAGCGCUGCCGACCUUCUCGAAAUGUAUCACCAAAAUCAGGUGAUCAUCUUGUCAAGUGAGACCGGCGCGGGCAAGUCAACCCAGGUGCCGCAGAUACUCGUAUAUGAUGAGUAUGGCAGCAAUCUCUUGAUUGCUUGUACCCAACCGCGCAAGUUGGCGGCUAAAACACUGGCCCGGAGGGUGGCCCACGAGAUGGGUGUGGCGGUUGGCGAGACUGUUGGCUUCCAAGUUGCUGGCGAAUCAUGCAUAACUCGAAAAGGCAAUAAUACCACCCGUCUGUCGUUCAUGACGGAGCAGGUCUUGGUCAACCAGGCUAUCGAUGACCCGGAUUUCUCAAAGUACGCAUGCGUCAUAGUUGACGAGGCCCAUGAGCGCACCAUGCAGGCGGAUACUCUGAUGGCUCUGCUCAAAAGAGCAUUGACUCGCCGCAAGGACCUAAAGGUUAUCAUCAUGUCUGCCACGAUCAAUGCAGAGAAAUUCACACAGUACUUUAACAACUGCCCCGUCCUCCAAGUUCCUGGUCGCGCGUACGAGGUCGACAUCCGACACAUCGAACCGAACGGAGAGACUAAUGACUAUGUGAUGCUUGCGGCAAACGUGGUGGAUUACAUCCACAAGAACGAGGGUCCCGGUGACAUUCUCGUCUUUGGAACAGGACUGUCUGAUAUAACAGAAAUCGCUAAUCUCGUUCGUCACUGUACUCCCGGCGUCGACGUGCAUCUCCUCAUAGCGUCUCUAUCCUGGGAGGACCAAGAACAAGCUCUCAACUCAUCAGGUCCCAAUCGGAAGUGCAUUGUCUCCACCAAUGUGGCAGAGACCAGUUUGACAGUCAAUAAUGUUGUCUUUAUCAUUGACACUGGGCUGUCGAAGCAGGCAGUCUACAAUCCUCGACUGCGUCUACAUAUGCUCCCGACGCGUCCAAUCUCGCGCGCUUCUGCGAUACAGCGUGCAGGAAGAGCAGGCCGAACCGCCAACGGAGUUUGCUUUCGGCUGUACACGGAGAAGACCUUCAAUCAGUUGGAGGAAAUGACAGCCCCGGCCAUGUUGACUUCGCCGGUAGAUGAUGUUCUGCUCACGCUCCUUGCUAUUGGCGUUACCAAGCUCGUCGACUUUGACUGGCUUGACAUUCCGUACCCGGAUAUGUUUGCCAGUGCACUCCAGGAUCUUCAUCUGUACGGUCUCAUCAAUGAUGAAGGCAAACUCACCAAGUCUGGCAUGACGGCUUCGACAAUUCAGCUCUCCCCCGCAUGGUUUCGGGCCGUCGAAGAAGCUGCUGCCACAUCCUCUGGCUCCAUCGACAUGAUUGACCUGGCGGUGGUGUGCAGUUCGCAGAAGUCAAUUUUUCUUCGACCCGCUGGACAUGAACAAGUCGCCGAUCUUGCUCGAGCCAUGUUUCAGUAUGCUCCUUCCGACCAUCUUACUCUGCUGAAUGCGUUUCACCAGUUCGAGAGAGCCUUGGAAAAAAGCAAAAGCAACAAAGACUUUAGCUUGCAGGACUGGUGCAACACGCAUUACCUCGACAUCAACGUUCUUGAAGAGGUUCUUCAGACACGGGCCAUUGUUGUACGUCAGUUCAAGAAGACCGACAUCCGCCCCUCAACUGCAAACAUCAGAAGCUUCGACUUCAUCAAGGCCCUUGCCCGGGCUUUCUGCAACCAAAUUGCGUACCUUGACAACGAUAGCUAUCGCACAGUCAAUACGCAUGUAAUGGCACGUCUCUCCGCUCAUAGCUGCCUUCUCAAUGACAACGCCGUUUGGGUUAUGUAUACCAAGCUCUCUAUGACAGGAAGAGACGUUGAAAUGGAUACAGUCUCUAUCAUCAGCCUUGAUUGGCUUCUGGAUCUGCCCGCGUUUCAGCUGGAUGCCUUGGCCAAGAAGUACAACGGCACCGCGCGUCAGCCGUUUGUACACGAGUCAAUUGAGGCUGCCAAACGCGUUGAAGCUGAAAAGGCCACACCUGCCGCAACGGAGGAAAUGUCAACGCCUGUCACCCAACUCAUCGAGGCGAUCGAGUCCUUCCACCUCUCGGAUGGCCUUGGCGAGAAUUGGGAGCAAAAGGGUUCUGCAUCAGACAGCGUCCAUCGCUACUUUGCCGCCCUGCCGGAUAUUCACACCUAUUACCAGGCGAUUGGUGUACCCUCGCACUUGCCUUCGAAAAACGGACUCCUCAUGCAGGGCCAUGGGUACGCGAGUACAAUACCCGGCGGGACUGCAGAGAAGAAGGCCCAAGUCAAUGCCGAGUUUAUAUAUAUAUUCCGAAAGGUCGACCCAGCGAAGCCGUUCGACCAAGUUCCCCACCAGUGGACGGCAGUGCUGCGAGUCGAGAACUCUCGUAGACCGUUCGAGGAUGAGACGUGGGCGAUUGCAUGUGUCCCACUGGAAAAGGCUGCUGCUCUGGAGACGGAAGGAUGGGAAGUCUAG